AUUAUUGGGAAACAUAAAUAGAGUUAGUAAUGGAGAUCUGAGCCCAAGAAAAAACAGUACUAGUAUAACCACUGAAAACAUAAAUGAAGUUAGUAAUAGAGAUCUGAGCCUAAAAGAAAAAUAG